AAUCUAAUCCACAUGAUAUGGACAUCGGCGCCAAUGCGAACUCGUCCAAAAUGGCGCUAUGUUUACGUACGUCCAUUGUCGUUUACUUAUAAUGGAGCACUCUGUCGAUUUUAUUCAUCAUCUGGGAUAACUUUAUUCACGCGUUCUGCAAGGACAACACCCAGCAUUCGAAUUGACCUUUUUGAAGGAUGCAGGCUGAGGCCACAGAUGUGUCCUUGCAUGAGGGCAUCCAAGCUCUUGGUGUCAGAGAGGAAGAAAAUCAAAAGGAAGCCUGCAAACAGGAAGAAGAAAGCGCUGAGCAACAGGAUGCUGAGAUGACAGCAGCGUCAUUGGAGGACACGGAAAACACAGACAGCAAAGACCAAGACACAGACAAGCUUGAGGAAGACAAACACCAAAAUGCACCACCGUCAGUCGCAGCGGUCCCAGUGGAAGAGGGAACGCGGACGACAGACAAGGACGGCGAAUGGGAGCUCGUGUACAGCGACGAGGAAAUGGAGGACCCAAAGAACUGGAUGCCUCCUCCCGCCGAGAUCAAGAGACUCUAUGAGCUGCUGGCCAAAGGCGAGAUGCUGGAGCUCAACUUUGAACCCCUUCCCCGAAGACCGCCCACGCCCGAACGCAGCCUUUCGCCCGAAAGGGAAAACGAGGACGACGAGGCGGAGGAGAGAGAAAGGAAGGAGAGGGAACGGAAACCUCCGAGUCCAACAGAGUUCGACUUUAACGAAGAGCAACAAAUCCAAGGGACCCCGAAAAACUCCUUUAUUAACAGACGUCGAACACCGGGUUCAUCGGCUCGCUCUUCCGUGAAAAGGGAAGCCCGGCUGGACAAAGUUCUAUCGGACAUGAAGCGCCACCGCAAAAUGGAAGAGCACAUCCUUCGCACGGGGCGAGAUCUCUUCAAGAGCGAGAAGAAGCUGGAGGCGGCGCUAUCGCCCAACAGCCAGAAGGAACGAGACAAGGAACGCGAGCGAGACAGCAAUCCCAAUACAGUCUUCUCUCCCAGGCAGAGGCGAUACUGAACUUACGCCGAUUGUUCCGGAGAACCCGCCCUGGACAUUUCUGAGCGCUUUUUCUAAACUUUGUAUGUUUUCAAUGUUUUGUAUGACGGCAAUAAACAUGCUAAACAGAGAGAUCAGAU